AUGGAUAAAGACAAGAGUGUGGAACAGUUAGAAAUCGAAAGAUGGAGAAUGAAGAAACUCUUAAAACAGUUGGACAAUGCUCGUGGGAAUGGAACCUCGAUGAUUUCUCUGAUUUUGCCACCUAAAGAUCAGAUUUCACGGGCAAAUAAGUUGUUAGUUGAUGAGUAUGGAACAGCUUCUAAUAUCAAAAGUCGUGUUAAUCGCUUGAGUGUCUUAGGUGCAAUUACUUCAGCCCAACAAAGAUUGAAGCUUUUUACUAAGUUGCCUGAGAAUGGAUUAGCUAUCUAUACAGGUACUAUCAUGGGUGAUGAUGGGAAAGAAAAGAAAGUGUGUUUUGACAUUGAGCCAAUGCGUCCUAUCAAUACUUCCCUUUAUCUUUGUGAUUCUCGUUUUCAUGUAACUGAUUUGAUUAACUUAAUGGAUGAUGAUUAUAAAUUUGGGUUUAUUAUCAUGGAUGGACAUGGUUCUUUAUUUGCUGUUUUAUCUGGGAAUUCCAAAGAGAUCAAACAACAAAUUACAGUAGAUUUACCUAAGAAGCACGGAAGAGGAGGACAGUCUUCCGUUCGUUUUGCCCGGUUACGAGUAGAGAAACGACAUAACUACUUGCGAAAAGUAGCUGAAAUAGCUACCCAGAUCUUUAUUACUAAUAACAAGCCUAACAUUCAUGGUUUGAUCUUAGCCGGAUGUGCAGACUUUAAGUCAGAGCUUUAUCAGUCAGAUUUACUUGAUCAACGUUUGAAACAUAUUGUAGCUAAGGUGAUUGAUGUUGGUUAUGGGGGUGAGAAUGGUCUUAAUCAGGCGAUUGAGCAGUCAGAAGAAGUACUGCAGAAUAUUAAGUUAGUGAGUGAGAAGAAGGUUAUCAAGGCAUUCUUUGAUGAAGUAGUUAGUGGUUCUGGUAAAGUCUGUUUUGGUGUGGAAGAGACUAUGUCCUGUUUAGAGAUGGGGUGUAUGGAUACUUUAAUCAUUAAUGAGGCUUCUGAUAUCGUAAGGAAGGAAGUGGAUGGUGAAGUGACCUAUACUACUGAAGAGUCAGGAGAAUUACUAACUGACUGGCUGGCUGAAAACUAUAGAAAGCUUAACUGUAAUCUUGCUUUGAUUUCAGAUAAGAGUCAAGAAGGAACUCAGUUUAUUUCGGCCUUUGGCGGAGUUGGAGGCAUUCUUCGGUAUAAAAUGGAUACGGCAGAGGAACUAUCAGAAGUUGAAGACUUCUCCGAUGCUGAUAUUUUCUAA